AUGGGCGUUUAUUCGGAUUGGAACAACCGGGCGACUGUUUGGCUACAGGUUCGUUUUUUUGAAAGGUGAAAAAAAUUGGUUGAUUAUUUGAAGUCUCAUACGGUGUUUUUAAAAAAACUCAGAAUUAGCUGCUAUAUUUUUUUCAGCGUGUAAAAUGCUUUUUAACAUCAUAUUCUUCGAUUAUAGAGGAUUUUGUGAGUUUCAGGAGCUAUUUUUCUUAAAAUUCUAAAUUUUUAAAAAUUUUAAAAAAAAGUUGAGUAUGCGAUAAUGCGUCUCGGUGUUUACACCCUAAGCACCAUAAUUCACGGAACGUUUUUGACUAGCGUUCUAAAAACGCCUUGUUUUGGGAAGAUCACUCAUUUCCUGAUUGAAUACGCAUUUUUUUUGUGGAAAAUGGAAAUGCCUGGGUUUUCGGAGUUUUUUUUUGAAUAAAUAUCAACUUUUUUUUUUGCUCAAGUGGUGGAGAAGGACAUGAAAUUUUUUCAUUUUUGAUAAAAAAAUUUCACUUCCUUUUUGAGCCCAAUUAUUGAAAAUUUCAGCAUAUUUUUCAAUAGAAAUGAGGCAAACUUGAUCAAAAUCCCAAAGCAAAGGUUUUUUUAAAGCAAUUUUUUGGGGAGUAGAAGAAACCAGAGUUUUUUCUUUGAAGAUCAUUUUCAGAAAACCCCAGGACGACGGUUUCGAAUCGGUCUACUGGCGGCUACGGUGGUGACUUAUCCUGUCGGGUCCAUCCUAAUUAAUGGCCCUCUUUCUAAGUUUACCUUUCCUAAAAGGUUCGGCUGAUAAUUCUUUUUUGGUGUAGCCUGUGUACCACGACUCGGAAUUCAACCGAACGACAUUCCGCUGCGCGCCUUUGCGAAUCUUGGUCGCGCUUUUGAUUUUCUUUUAUCAAGGUACUCUACUUUCAUGUGCACCCACGGCAAUAGAAAUUAAUUUAAAGCGUGACCUAGAUUCGAAAGACGCUUCGCGAACGCACGCAGCGGAACAGCGGAAUGUCGUUCCGUGAAAUUUCAAGACGUGGCCCACAGACUAUAUUAAUUUUCGAAUUUCAGACAUAGUAUUGAAAAGCUGCCCGAAUCUUUAGCAAGACUAGCUGAUCAGGUACCUCCGGAAGAGAUAAUUAAGAAUAAAACGCUAAUUUUCCAGGAAUAUCGUCGAUUUUUAGAGAAAGAGAACCGGAUACCAAAAGACGCGGUUAUAAAUCAUCAUAUUCAGUCGACUUUUGGUGAUUUUCAGAGAAUCGGAAUAAAUUUCUCUUUUUUUUCAGAAGAUGAAGAUACCAUCGCCAGUGGGUCUCUUGGUAUUAGAACGGGCCUAAAUAUCGCUGUUCCUUUUUAUGCGAGGUUCCAAUCGACGGAGAACGCUUUGGAAUAUUUCAGGUUGUUGUUUUGCAAGGAAUAAUUCUUCUAUGAACUCUAGAAUUUUGAAAAGAGUUUUAAAAAAAUUAUUGAAAAAUGACCGGAAUUUUUUUUCAACCGCAAGAUUAUCUUCCUUGUCCCUUGAAUGGAAAAUAAAGUUAUUUCCAGAGAAAAAUAUGCGGACACGAUGGAUUUCUUGAGCGAAAAGGUCCGGGUACCAUGGUCCUCUGGAGAACCAAGUAGCAGUGAAUUGGCCGAAUCCUAUGUCCUUUCGGAAAAUGUUGGUCGAGUUUUAAAUAUGAAAAAUACCAUGAUGACUUGAAACUGUUUAACAUGUCUUCUUCUCUUUUCACUCGUCGAUGAGGUCAAGAAACGUGAAAACCGCAAAAAAAAAAACCAGACUUUUUUUUGUUUUAGCGAACUCUAUUUGAAAAGUUCCUUGAUAAUGUUUUUAAGUUCAUGGGUGAAAAGCCUGCCGCCUUGUAUAGUCGAUUCACGGCUAGCUUGGAAAAAACUAAAAAAAGGCGUGGCCUGUAUGUGUUCUCCACCGACCAUACACUAUUUCUUUCAUUAUCGUGUGAGGACCCUUUUUUGAUGGCUCAAGUCAAUCGUGAAGCUAUAACUUUUUUCGGCCUUUCUGGUACUCCGAAUAUUGAUGGCUUGAUUUUAUUUAUAUUAAGUCUUUUUUUGCGCAAAUGAGCUGAUUUUUGUUUAAUGAUUCGUCAUACAACUAUUAAAAGACCUUAAUAUUUUCCUUGACAGGCCCUGAGAUUCCUCUUUCUUCGGGACCUCUACGCCCACGACGGCUACGCGUCUCUAGCGCAAAGGAGUAUUUCCUGGGCGACUUGGACCUCAUUCACCAGCAUUUUCACUUAUUGGCUUCAUAGUGUGGGUUUUGAAUAACCAAAAAAUUGUUUUUCUCAAUGUCAAAAUUACCAUCCCCUAUAGGGGUCAGUAAAGCUUGCAAAAGUGAUUUUUUUUUUUGAAUAAAAUUGAACAGCCCCUAUAGGGACCAAUUAAGCUUUGGAGGCUGAGGGGUCAGACCCUUAACCCCUAUAGGGACCACUCAAAAAUUCCUGAGUACUUGACGCAUUUUGAAGACUCAUAAUUCGAAAACGAGACUUCUUUUUGAGUAUUCGUUAUUUUUUGGAAUCAGAAAGUCAUUCGAUUUGGACGACGGAGAAAAAACUUUUUUUUUUUGGUAUUUUACCUACCGUAACCCUAAAAAGGGGCGGAGUCUCUCAAAAACCUAUGUAAAAUUUUCAGGACCUUGUGUAGUUAUUGUGACCCUAAUAUGAGCUCAGGAAACUCAAUUUGAAAUUUUGGUAUAGUCGAUGUGCCACGACUUGAAAUUUCAUGGAACGACACUCCGUUGGGUGGCCGUGGCCGUGAAAGCGCCUUGCCUUUGCGAAUUUCGGUCGCGCUUUCCAUUUUUUUGUUUUAUUCGAAAUUUUCAUUAUUUUUAAUUAUGUUUUUAAUAGUUUUUCUUCGCGCCAAAAUCAUAAUUAUCUUUUUCUAGAGGAUAGACUGUUUCAUUGAUAAAAAAAUAAAGUAGAGUAAUUUUUCGAAUUUUUAAGCGAAAAAAAUGCGUUUAUAAUAUUUGAAAGUUUUUUUCAUGAGAUGGUCUUUGGUUUUUGUUCAAUAUAUUCCGUUAUUUUACCUUUAUUGAGCCUUUAUCGACAUUUCUUUUUUUCAUUUCAAAUCAUGUAAAAAAAAUAUCGCAAUCAGAAAUAAAAUACACAGUGAAUGAUUUUUAAAAAAAUUGAAUGUUUCUACAUUGACGAAUUUUUUUAUUAAAAAAACAGAUACAUAAGUUCAAAGGAAAAAAAUUAUUAGUUUACUGGACAUUUCGUUCAGCACAUCGUUUCCACUAUUCCAUGUGCCCACUGUUCACGCCCCAUUCCUGACGCAUAGUUCAGCAAUACGAUUUAUCUAAAGCUCCAUUUAAAAAAAAGGAACGAAAAACCUUUCUUCAAAUUAUGGUGCAUGUGCUCAUGGAAGUACACAUCUUCAUUUUUAUAAGGCGCUCACUUUCUGAAAAAAACAAUUAACGACUGCAAACAGAAAAACGAUGAAAAACAUUAAAAACAUGGCUUUUAAAAAAACACAGAAACUAUUGUAGAAUAUUGUGGCGUUUCACCCGCAAAUCCUUUUGGUAAGUCUUUGAAAACUUUUUUUGUGAAACGAGAAAAACAAUAUCAAAGCGAUUAAAGAAUACAUGAAGUUUUUUUCAAACUUUUUUUAAUCGCUUUUUUUCGAGAAAACAUCAUGAAAUUUACUGUGUUCUUUCUUUUUACAUUUGUACAACGCAAUCCUUUUCAACGAUAAUAUUACAUUUUAAAGAAAUAAAACAAUAAAAAAAACGAUCGAAAUUAGAAUGAAAACCAAAAAAAAAAAAUUAGCGUGGCCGAAGUUGGCAAACUCGCCAGAUGCGCGCUACCGCACAAAAAUCGAAACAGCGGAGUGUCGUUCCAUGAAAUUUCAACUUGUGGCACAUCGACUAUAUAAUACUGUUUCGCCGCUCAUCGAUUCUCUUGGAGAACGUUUGAUGAAAACAAUAAAAACAAGUUUUCAUCAAAAAAAAAAAAUCAACGGGUCUCGAAGAGCUCCCCUCGGAAAAAAGUUGAAAAUUGUUACUUUUCUAGAAAACGAAGCUGGGCGGAGGUACGGCCAUGUCUUUCGCGGUUAUUUAUACAGUUUUUGUCGGAGCCGCAUAUUAUGCCAAUAAACAAUGGUAUUUAUUGUACAGGUUGGUUUAUCGGGUCCAGAUUGUAGAAUUGAAGCCUCUAAAAUCAAACAGAAGCUCAUUUUGAAACAGAUAUUUAUCGGACGUCCAUGCUGACGCCGAAGCGGCCAGAACUUCUUUUGAUCAUGCCGAAGGCGGCAAGGAGUAUUAUUGGAAAAUGCUCAAGAGGAAUAGGUUUACUCAGAAUUAUUGUCAUACUCAUAAUAAAUCCUUUGAAGGAUAUACCGGGAGCUGAAACCUUCCCUUUUUACAAAGGUCACUGCAACUGGAGAUGUUCGAGGCAUCGCCACCCCGAUCAUCGUCAGAUAUGAUCAUCUGAAGGUUUGAAAAAAAAGUCACCGGCUUUUGUUUUUGAUUCCGCUGCUCUAUUUGAAAAAGCAUAACUAACUUUGAAGAUCGGAAGUGCGAAAAAAAAAAAUUCUCUGAUUUCUUAAAACCACUCCACUUCCAAAGUCGGAAGUGUGAAAAAAGGGUGCAAAAAGGGAGUGACUGCAGAAUGGCCUCAUAAAGGUUUCCGUUUUGCGGCCUUUAUUGAGCCUUUCUUUCUUGGUACGCUAGAAAGCACCAAAAAAAGGGUGCUGAAAGUCUCGGCCAUUGAUGAUUCCCGAUUUUAUUACUGUAGCACGUUUUUGUUCAUACCCAGUCACUGGUAAAGCCCAUUCUCAAUUUUAAACUUUUUUGUUUUUCAAAAGGGUCCAAAAAGGGUGGAUAAAGGCCGAUGAACGGACAGGAAAAAGGCAGUAAAAAUGAAACUUUUGCCAGCCGUUUGGGAACAUAUAUUGGACACCUUUUGAUCCAUAACGGACGCUCAAAGGGCCCGUAAAAGGUCCUUCCAACUUUGCCUAUGCUCAGGCCUCGGUAACGCAAACCGGACUCGCCCCGGACAUUUCUAAGCAUUUCUAGGGAUUUCUUUUGCGUUAGUACUCCUAAGUGUUCACUACAAAAGCUCGUUACCGAAGUCCAAGAAGCCUUUUUCACUUUUGAAAAACGCAGGGUGGAGCCUAAAAAUUGAUCAUUUUGGAGCGAAAAGAAUAUUUUUGAAAUCAGGCUGUGCACUUUAAAGGAUCCUACAAAAUCAUGACUCAUGAUCAAGCUAUGAAAGUAAAAAAAAAAUUCAGGACGUCAAUGCUGAAGACGAUGAAUUGCGGCAAGUCAUCAACAUGGACGAUUGA